AUGCCAAUCGAAAUGCACAUGAACCACCCAUCAAACCGUAUCGAGGGGCCAUACCAAGAGCUACCCGAAGAAGAACAUAGCCCAAGUCUCUGGGGCAGCUCAUGGACACAACAAGGACAGCAACCCGCAAGGCUGCAGGAGAUCCACGAAUCCGACGUGAGCUCCGAAUAUUCAGGCUCCGAAGGCGCAGAGGCACCGCACGACUUGCAUGAGAUACGAGGGAACAAUCACAAUAGCAUGGAGAGCCUGAACAAAACAUACAAGCAACAGGAUGAGACGGCACUAGAAUACCAAAGAAAGGCUCGGGAUUUGCUAAGAAGGGCUCAGAAAAAGCUGGAAAUGAUCGCGUCCGAGCUCAGGAAUCAUCGGAAGGACAAACCAGAAAACGCAGCCUCAUCUGAAGAGUCGCCUUGA